AUGAGUGGAGGAGGAGAGCAGCCGGAUAUCCUCAGUGUUGGAAUCCUGGUCAAAGAAAGAUGGAAAGUAUUGAGGAAGAUUGGGGGUGGGGGCUUUGGAGAAAUUUACGAUGCCUUGGACCUGCUCACCAGGGAAAAUGUUGCACUGAAGGUGGAAUCCGCUCAGCAACCAAAGCAAGUUCUGAAAAUGGAGGUUGCUGUAUUGAAAAAACUACAAGGGAAAGACCAUGUUUGUAGAUUUAUUGGUUGUGGGAGGAAUGAUCGAUUCAACUACGUGGUCAUGCAGUUGCAGGGUCGGAAUCUGGCAGAUCUACGCCGUAGCCAGUCCCGGGGCACAUUCACCAUUAGCACUACUCUUCGGUUGGGUAGACAGAUUCUCGAGUCUAUUGAGAGCAUCCAUUCUGUGGGAUUCUUGCACCGAGACAUCAAACCGUCAAACUUUGCCAUGGGUCGCUUUCCUAGUACAUGUCGGAAAUGUUAUAUGCUUGAUUUUGGCUUGGCUCGACAGUUUACCAAUUCCUGUGGUGACGUCAGACCACCUCGAGCUGUGGCAGGCUUUCGAGGGACAGUUCGUUAUGCAUCGAUCAAUGCUCAUCGGAACAGGGAAAUGGGAAGACAUGAUGACCUUUGGUCCUUGUUCUACAUGUUGGUGGAAUUUGUGGUUGGUCAGCUCCCUUGGAGAAAAAUAAAGGACAAGGAACAAGUGGGCUCUAUUAAGGAGAGGUAUGAGCACAGGCUUAUGUUGAAACAUCUCCCUCCAGAAUUCAGCAUCUUUCUGGAGCACAUCUCCUCUUUGGAUUAUUUUACAAAACCAGACUACCAGCUUCUUACAUCCGUGUUUGACAACAGCAUCAAGGCCUUUGGAGUAAUUGAAAGUGAUCCUUUCGACUGGGAGAAGACUGGAACUGAUGGCUCCCUCACCACGACCACUGCCUCCACCACUCCCCAGCUGCACACCCGUUUGACCCCUGCGGCGAUUGGAAUUGCCAAUGCCACUCCCAUCCCAGGAGACAUGCUUCGAGAAAAUACAGAUGAGGUGUUUCCAGAUGAACAGCUUAGUGAUGGAGAAAAUGGCAUCCCUGUUGGUGUGUCACCAGAUAAAUUGCCUGGGUCUCUGGGACACCCUCGUCCCCAGGAAAAGGAUGUCUGGGAAGAGAUGGAUACCAACAGGAAUAAGAUAAAGCUUGGGAUUUGUAAGGCUGCUACUGAAGAGGAAAAUAGCCAUGGUCAAGCAAAUGGUAUUCUGAAUGCUCCAAGCCUCGGUUCCCCAGUUCGUGUCCGCUCAGAGAUUACUCAGCCAGACAGAGAUGUUCCAUUGGUGCGAAAGUUACGUUCUAUCCACAGCUUUGAGCUGGAGAAACGCCUAGCGUUGGAACCAAAGCCAGAUACUGACAAGUUUCUUGAGACCUGCUUGGAGAAAAUGCAGAAAGAUCCUAGUGCAGGAAAAGAAUCUACUCUCCCUGCUCUGCUUCAUAAGCCGUGUGUUCCAGCUGUGUCCCGUGCUGACCGCAUCUGGCACUAUGAUGAAGAAUAUCUUCCAGAUGCUUCCAAGCCUGCCUCUGCCAACACUCCUGAGCAGGCAGACGGUGGUGGCAGCAAUGGAUUUGUAGCCGUUAACUUGAGCUCCUGCAAGCAGGAGGUGGAUUCCAAGGAAUGGGUGAUUGUGGACAAGGAACAGGACCUUCAGGACUUUAGGACAAAUGAGGCUCUAGGCCAUAAAACAACUGGAAGCCCUUCUGAUGAGGAGCCCGAAGUCCUCCAAGUCUUAGAAGAGUCGCCUCAAGAUGAAAAGCUCCAAUUGGGUCCUUGGGCAGAAAAUGAUCAUUUAAAGAAGGAAACCUCAGGUGUGGUCUUUGUGCUUUCUGGGGAGUGCCCUGCCACUGCUGCUUCAGAGCAAUAUACAGAUCGGCUAGAACUCCAGGCUGGAGCUGCUAGUCAGUUUAUUACAGUGACACCCACAAGUCCAAUGGAGGCGCAAGCGGAAGGACCCCUUACAGCGAUUACAAUUCCAAGACCUUCUGUGGCAUCUACACAGUCGACUUCAGGAAGUUUUCAUUAUGGUCAGCAGCCAGAGAAGAAAGACCUUCAUACCAUUGAGCCCACUGUGGAACUUUACUCUCCAAGGGAGAACUUCUCUGGCUUGGUUGUGAUAGAGGGCGAACCGCCUAGUGGAGGAAGCAGAACAGACUUGGGGCUUCAGAUCGAUCAUAUUGGUCAUGACAUGUUACCCAAUAUUAGAGAGUAUGACAGAUCCCAAGACCUGGUACCAAAAGACCUUCCUGACCAUAACAGACUAGCUAUGAGAGAAUUUGAGGGCCUCCCUAGGGAAUUGGAAGAGAAAAGCAUUCUUGUAGGGUCAGAUAAUGAAGAAGAGAAGUUAAGUAAAGGGCAUCAUUAUAUUGAGAUCUCCCCUCUCCCAGGAGACUUGGUAACAAUGGAAAGGGAUCAUUCAGCUACUAGUGAACCUCUUGAUGUGACAAAGACACAGACUUUUAGUGUGGUGCCAAAUCAAGACAAAAAUCAUGAGAUAAUGAAGCUUCUGGCAGUUGGACCUUCAGAAGUAUCUCCACGAGUUACUGACCCAUAUGUUGAAGAGCAGAUAGGCCAGGUGGCAGCAAUGCAAAAAAGUAAGAUAUCUAAGGAGGAUGACAUCAGGGGUGAAGAUUUGCCAAAUCAUUCCGGAGACCUCUCUAUUUUUUUGCACCAAGAGGGUAAGAGAGAGAAAAUUGCCCCUAGAAAUGGAGAGCUAUUUAAUCCUGUUUUAGAGAAUGAACACUGUCCCCCAUCCCGGAAGGAUGUGGUUAGGUCAUCCUUUGUAACUAGACACAGCCGAAUCCCUGUUCUAGCACAAGAGAUAGACUCAACUUUUGACUCAUCCUCUCCAGUCUCUGCAAAAGAAAAGCUCCUCCAAAAGAAAGCUUGCCAGCCAGACCUUGUCAAGCUCCUGGUGGAGAAAAGGCAACUCAGGUCUCUCCUUGGGGACCUCUCAAGUGCCUCUGAUAAACUGCUAGAGGAGAGAUUAGCCACUGUUCCUGCUCCCUUUUCCGAGGAGGAAGUCUUCACCCCCUUUUCAAGACUGGCUGCAGAAUCACACCUGAGCAGGUCAGCCGAAGACAGCUUUCUGGCACCCAUCAUCUCCCAGUCCAGAAAGAGCAAAAUUCCAAGACCAGUUUCAUGGGUCAACACAGAUCAAGUCAACAGCUCAACUCCAUCUCAGUUCUUGCCUCGGCCACCACCCGGAAAACCACCCAUGAGGCCUGGAGUAGAAGCCAGGCUCCGCAGAUAUAAAGUCCUAGGGAGUAGCAAUUCCGACUCAGACCUUUUCUCCCGCCUGGCCCAAAUUCUUCAAAACGGAUCUCAGAAACCCCGGAACACUACGCAGUGCAAGGGUCCAGGAACCCCUCACAAUCCAAAAACACCACCCAAGAGUCCAGCUGUCCCUCGCAGGAGUCCCAGUGCCUCUCCUCGAAGCUCUUCCUUGCCUCGCACAUCCAGUUCCUCACCAUCUCGGGCUGGACGGCCCCAUCAUGACCAGAGGAGUUCAUCCCCACAUCUGGGGAGAAGCAAGUCACCUCCCAGCCACUCGGGAUCUUCCUCCUCCAGGAGGUCCUGCCAACAGGAGCAUUGCAAACCCAGCAAGAAUGGCCUGAAAGGACCCAGCAGCUUCCACCACCACUCAGCCAGCGCUAAAGCCCCCCCAGGGAAGAGCAAGUCAGCCAGUAAACUCAGCAGAUAG